AUGGCAACGGACGCUUCCGAAUAUGGGUUAGGUGCCGUGGUAUAUCAUAAGAUGCCGGACGGUAAAGAAAAAGUGAUAGCGUAUGCGUCACGAACGUUAACAAAGGAAGAGAAAAAUUAUUCCCAGAUAGAAAAAGAGGCGUUAGGUAUAUUCACAUUGUUAACAGACCAUCAGCCACUUGUGAAAAUAUUUGGACCCAAAAAUGGCAUACCAACAAUAGCAGCGAAACGCUUGCAUCGUUGGAGUCUCCGCCUGAUGAUAUACUCAUUCGACAUUGAGUACAGAAAGACCUCCGAAUUUGGAAAUGCGGAUGGGUUAUCUAGAUUACCGGAUCCGAGAGAACUGCCGAGUUCGGAAAUGGUGAUCGAUGAAGUGGCAGAGAAACAGAUGAUGGCUGAAACUUGGGAGGAAAUUAUUUUAAAUGAAGAUCAGGUCCAUUUCAAGAGACUCGGCAAUUUAUGA